UUUUUCCUUUUUGUCAAAGCAUUGAGAAAUCUAUCAUUUCCUUUUUCUCUUCCUGUUGAAAAUGUCGCUGCUUUCAGAUCUUAUCAACCUGAACCUCUCUGAGACCACUGAGAAGGUGAUCGCAGAGUACAUAUGGAUCGGUGGAUCUGGUAUGGAUAUUAGAAGCAAAGCCAGGACACUUCCUGGACCAGUGAGUGAUCCUGCAAAGCUUCCAAAGUGGAACUAUGAUGGUUCCAGCACAGGCCAAGCUCCUGGGGAAGACAGUGAAGUCAUUUUAUACCCCCAGGCGAUUUUCAGGGACCCAUUUAGGAGGGGCCAUAACAUUCUUGUUAUGUGUGACGCCUAUACCCCGGCUGGAGAGCCUAUUCCAACAAAUAAGAGAUUCGAUGCUGCAAAAGUUUUCACCAAUCCUGAUGUCGCUGCUGAAGAACCUUGGUAUGGUAUAGAGCAGGAGUACACCCUGUUGCAAAGAGAUGUAAAAUGGCCAAUUGGGUGGCCCAAGGGUGGUUAUCCUGGACCCCAGGGACCGUACUACUGUGGUGUUGGUGCUGAUAAGGCCUUUGGCCGUGAUAUUGUAAAUUCUCAUUACAAAGCCUGCCUUUAUGCUGGCAUCAACAUCAGUGGCAUCAAUGGAGAAGUGAUGCCUGGCCAGUGGGAGUUCCAAGUUGGCCCUGCUGUUGGCAUUUCUGCAGGAGAUGAGCUCUGGGUUGCUCGUUACAUUCUAGAGAGGGUUACGGAGAUAGCUGGAGUGGUGGUUUCCUUUGAUCCCAAACCUAUUGAGGGUGACUGGAAUGGGGCUGGUGCUCACACUAACUAUAGCACAAAGUCCAUGAGAAAUGAUGGAGGGUAUGAAGUCAUCAAAAAAGCAAUCGAAAAGCUUGGAUUGAAGCACAAGGAACACAUUGCAGCUUAUGGGGAAGGCAACGAGCGCCGUCUCACUGGAAAGCAUGAAACAGCAGACAUCAACAACUUCUCAUGGGGAGUGGCAAACCGUGGUGCCUCCAUUAGAGUUGGUAGAGAGACAGAGAAAGCUGGGAAAGGCUAUUUUGAAGACAGGAGGCCUGCUUCUAGCAUGGAUCCAUAUGUGGUCACCUCAAUGAUCGCAGAGACCACCAUCCUCUGGCAUCCAUGAGAAGAUUAUUUAACCAACCCUUAAGGUUGUCUAUUAAUAAUUGUCAUUUCUUCCAUUGCUGUCUUAUGCAAGGGGGGCAUUGGUAAGUUGUGCCUUGAGGUUUUGAAUCAGACACAAUCCUCUUCAUUUUGCCUGUUUUUUGGACCAAAAUAAAUUUUACUUAAAUGGGCAAACAGUAAUUGGUACUA